AUGGCGAUGAGGCGGCUGGCGCUGCUGGGGCUCGCGUCCACCCGCGCCACGGCGUCGACCUCCGUCGGGUCGGAGCUGGCGAACUACGGCUACGAAUACACCUACUACGAGGACCUGUACGAGAAUUGGACGCAGACGGGCUGCCGCUACGCCAUGUGGGAGGACCUGGACUUCGACUUUUACGAGCGCUUCUACUGGAAGCCCGAGGACCUCUGGGCCUUGAUCAGCAACAACACGUUCCUGAGCACGCACGAGCUCGAGGCCUGGGUCUUCGGCGACGAGGGCAACGCGCGGGGCGACCGCACGCCCUACUACGACUCGGGCAUCUCGCCGACGGCCUGGCUCGUCGACGAUCUCGAGGCGCCGCCGAUCUACCUCUACCCGGAGUUCCAGCUCACGGACUUCGACGUCGACGAGCACAAGGGCUCGUUCAAGGUCAGCGGCUUCUUCAAGCUCGGCUGGAUGGACUUCCGGCUCGCCUACGCCUUCACGCCGGCCUGCGCGCUCCAGUUCGGGACGAAGUACCGCUGGCUCCUCGACGAGAAGUACCACGGCAAGCUCUGGCAGCGCGACUGGUACCUCGUCAACGCGGUCGGGCCGUCCGCGCUCAGCGCGCGGACGACGUCCAUCUGGAUCUACCCGAGCGGCUGGCUCGUCGAGAAGCAGCAGAUCAUGCAGGAGCUCAAGUGCGACCUGGACCUGCGGGAGCUGCCCUUCGACCGCCAGAAGUGCAAGAUGCGCAUCGGCAUCUCGGGCCUCACGUCGGAGAAGGCGGUCUUCGAGGUCCCCGUGGCGUCGUUCCGGGGGGCCGACGGCGACAAGGUCGACAACGCGCAGUGGAAGAUCCUGGAGGUCAAGGUCUACACGGAGCUGCAGGAGUACUUCACGCAGGGCAAGGCGACGCCCGCGGACGAGGUCGACCUCUACAGCGAGGCCUACAUCGAGUUCACGCUGCAGCGCAAGCCCCUCUUCUACUUCGUCGAGGUCGUGCUCCCGGCGAUCCUCUUCCUCUUCGUCGCCUACAUCGGCUUCUACAUCAACGCGAACGUCGCGCCCGCGCGCGUCGGCGUCACCGUGAUCCCCGUGCUCAUCAUGCGGACGCUGCUGAACCAGACCUACGGCCGCAUGCAGAUCAUCGCCUACUUCACGCGGCUCACGAACUUCCUCGUCAUGUCCCAGGCGCUGUCCGUGUUCUGCGUCGCGGAAUUCGGCAUCGUGUCCUACUUCCUCGCCGUCGAGAAGGACGCCGAGCUCGCCCGCAAGGCCCUCGUGCGCUGCCACAAGCUGCUCGUCGCGAACAUCACCGCGCCGCCGCCGCCGCCGCCGCCGCCGGCGCCCGCGCGCGAGGACGACGAGGCCAUCGACGUCCUCGAGGUGCCGCUCCGCGACGACCGCGCCGAGGCCGGCGCGCCCAAGAGCUUCUCGUCGCCGGCGGGCUGCUGGGGCGGCGGCACCAUCGACGACGACGACGUCGACCGCGUCGUCGCGCUCCGCCAGCCCGAGGAGUUCGCGCCGCGGCCGCCGCCGCCGCCGCCGCCGCCGCCGCCGAAGCCGGCGACGAGCCGCCACCGGCUCAUGUCCAUCUGCGAGAAGGUGGACCACCCGAACCCCAUCGUGCGCCAGCACAUCAAGAAGCUCAAGGCGCUCUUCGACGCCUACGACGCGGACCGGAACGGCACCGUCGACGCGCCGGAGCUCUCGAAGGCGCUCGAGACCUACAACUUCUACCUGACGUCGGAGCAGACCUACUACACGAGCGCGCCGCCCGCGCCGCCCCGCCCCGCGCGCGCGCCGCGCCGACCGUGCGAGGACAUGAGCGGCGCGCCGGACUACGACGACGCCGCGCGCGAGGGCUACGAGUGCUCCUUCGGCUUCAAGGACUUCGUCGAGCUCGUCACGGGCGGGCACCUCGAGGAGCUCGUCAUCCACGACAUCUGCGACAAGAACUGGCUCGCGAACAAGCCGCGGAGCGCCCAGACGGACCUCGUCUGCCGCUGGCUCUUCCCGCCGACGGCCGUGAUCCUCUCGGCCCUCAUCCUCGGCGUCCCGACGCACCGGUGGGCGCCGGACCCGUGA